AUGGCGUCCACUGUGGCUCCUGUGACAGCAGAAAGCAGGCCGGCGUUCUCCAUCGAGCGGAUUCUGGGUUUGGAGCUGGAAAGACCUGGAACCUGCCUGAAACUCCACAGACCGUGGGCAGAGAUCGGAGCAGAGAUGGAGAACAGAAACAGUUUGUGCUCAAAACCACAUCAUCAUCAUCCUCAGCUGGUGAGCUCUGCCAGGCCGACAUCCAACUGGUAUAUCGGACGCAGACCACGCACUGCUUUCACCAACAGCCAGGUGAAUGUUCUGGAGACAGUGUUUCAGGUGAACUGUUACCCAGGUAUCCAGCUGAGGGAGCAGCUGGCGGGCAGACUGGACCUGGACGAGGACAGAAUACAGAUCUGGUUUCAGAACCGGCGAGCCAAGCUGCGGCGUUCCCUCAGAGAAACCCGUCUGCAGCUGGUUCAGACGGCCGUGGCGGACCUUGGGGUCAAACAUGAGGUCAUAGGUCACCUGAAGGCUGAGCGGGAUGCGGGAGGUGACCUGGAGCUCGCUCAGCGGCUCGCCUCUCGUCUGCAGCUCGAGGUGGAGGAGGAGGAGUAAUGCUGAUAAACUCGUCCUGUUUCUGGAUGUCUGGAAAACAAACUGUGACAACUGAAGUCACAGUUUGCUUCCAAGCCUACCAAGAGUAAAAUGUUUACACAAAAAGUUCGUCUAUCAAGCACACUGAGGAAAUAUUUCUGUUGUCUUAAAGAUCAAACUUUAUUUUAAGAUCUGCUCUGGACCAGUUUGUUUAAUGUUCUUUAAUA